AUGGACCAACACAAGGCCGAUACCAAACAUGUGGACGACAUUGAUGUCCAAAAGAACGACUUCGUCAUCACCCCUGACGCUCGAGAAGCAUAUGGCCCUGCUGGCAUUGCUGGCAUCUUCGGCAACUCUUACGUAGCACUAUGUGCUGCUUUCUCAGCAAUGGGUGGCUUGCUGUUUGGCUACGAUCAGGGCGUCGUAUCAGUCACCCUUACAAUGGACGACUUCCUGGAACGAUUCCAUCAGAUUGCCCCUGAAUCUGGAGGCGCGAGCUUUAACAAGGGUCUUCUCACAGCUAUGAUCGAGCUUGGAGCAUUGUUCGGUGCUCUCAACACAGGCUGGAUUGCAGACAAGUACUCGCGAAAAUACUGCAUUGUCAUUGCAGUCGUGGUGUUUGUUAUCGGCUCCGCCUUGCAGACAGCUUCCAUCAAUUAUGACAUGCUCAUCGUAGCUCGCUUGAUCGGAGGAAUAGGCAUAGGAUCUCUUUCGGCCGUCGCACCUAUGUACAUCUCGGAAAUUUCGCCUCCUGAGAUUAGAGGAACACUCUUGGUCCUGGAAGAGUUCAGCAUCAUCGUCGGUAUCGUUGUAGCAUUCUGGAUUACAUACGGUACACGAUACAUGAGCACGGAAUGGAGCUGGCGCCUGCCUUUCCUCUUGCAGAUUCUACCAGGCCUGGUUUUGGGUGUCGGCAUCGUCUUCCUGCCGUUCUCACCCCGCUGGCUCGGAUCCAAAGGUAGAGACGAAGAAGCCCUUCAUGCAUUGACACAGUUGCGCCGUCUACCUGCCACAGACCCCCGAGUGCAACAAGAAUGGUUCGACAUUCGUGCCGAAGCCAGACUGGUUAAUGAGAUCAGCAAAGAACGUCACCCCGAUCUCCAAGAUGGUUCCAGAACUAGCCGCAUGAAGCUCGAACUUGCUUCCUGGGCUGAUCUCUUCAAGAAGGGAUGCUUACGACGAACCCACGUUGGUGUUGGAAUUAUGUUCAUGCAACAAUUCGUAGGCAUUAAUGCUUUAAUAUACUAUUCACCAACUCUAUUUGAGACAAUGGGAUUGAACUCAAGCAUGCAGCUCAUCAUGUCUGGUGUGUUAAACAUCAUGCAACUUGUUGGUUGCUCGACUUCGAUUUGGACAAUGGAUCGUUUCGGUCGACGAACACUCCUACUCUGGGGGAGUUUCUUCAUGGCAGCCUCCCACAUUAUCAUCUCCGGCCUCGUCGGCGAGGGACAAAAAAACUGGGACGCCAAUGGCGGUAUGGGCUGGGCAGCAGUGGCUUUCCUCUUGAUCUACAUGGUCGCAUUCGGCGCCAGUUGGGGACCAGUGCCAUGGGCCUUGCCAUCCGAAAUUUUCCCUUCUUCACUCAGAGCCAAGGGUGUAGCCUUGUCCACCUGCUCGAAUUGGCUGAAUAACUUUAUCAUCGGUCUCGUCACCCCACCUCUGAUCUCGGGAACCAACAACUACGGCGCCUAUAUUUUCUUCGCCGCUUUCUGUGUCUUCUCCGGCAUCUGGGUCUUCUUCUGCGUACCCGAAACCAAUGGCCGCAGUUUGGAAGAGAUGGAUCAUGUAUUCAGGGAUGCGGGAGGCAAUGAAGAGGAAGAGAUCAGGAAGUUGAGGAUUGAGAGGGAGUUGGCUGCUAGCACGCAGGCGUCAGCUGUUGCAUAG